AUGGUGACCAUUUGCUCUUUGGCCGGAGAGUGUUUGGCGACGUUUGGUGCGGAUGUGAUAGAAAACGUUCCAGUGAAGUGGUUGAAAGAGCACAGUUCUGAACAAGUGGGCGCCUCGCGCUUCCGACAGCAAUGGCUUACUGAAGACGGCCGUGAGUUAAACGAUGAGGCUGUACUUUCAGUUGCACAUGUGCAGCUGGUUGUUUUGAAUUUUCUUCCAUGUGAGCAGCAUGGCAAUCGGUUGAUUGCCGCAACUGGCAUUGACUCGACCGAGCUAGAAGAGCUUUUGUGCCAGUCCUUGCAGGAACGUAGAAGUCCAGUAGCCAAAGAUCGUCAUGGGAAGACGGCGCUACUCAUCGCAUUGAAACAGGGUCAUCGCAAUUGUGCGGCUUUGCUGCUGAAAGCCAUUGCAAAGGAGUUUAGGGGCAUCAAGCUUGACGAUGUCGUCACGCAAUUUGGGGAAACAGCUUUACACUUGGCAUGCCAUGAAGGAUAUUUGGAUUUGGUUCAGAUCUUGCUUCAUGUUGGCGCUGAUCCAGUAGCCAAAGAUAGUGAUGGGAACACGGCGCUACUCGUUGCCUUGAAGCGGGGCCAUCAGAAGUGCGUGACUUUGCUUCUGAAAGCAGCUGCAAAGGAGAAUUGGGGCAUCAAGCCUGAUGAUGCGCUGCAUUUGGCAUGCCAGAAUGGCUAUUCGGAUAUGGUGCAAACCUUGCUUGAUGUUGGUGCUGAUCUAGGAGCCAAAGAUAGUGAUGGGAACACAGCGCUACUCGUUGCCUUGAAGCGGGGCCAUGGCAAUUGUGUCAUAUUGCUACUGAGGGCCAUUGCAAGCGAGUUCUGGGGCAUCAAGCCUGAUGAUGUUGUCACGCAAUUCGGGGAAACAGCUCUACAUUUGGCAUGCCAGAAAGGAUAUUUGGAUCUGGUGCAGACCUUGCUUGAUGUUGGUGCUGAUCCUGGGAGGAGCACGAUCUGUGGGGAUUCCCCUUUGCAUUUGGCAGCCUUGGAAGGCCACGCUGAAGUUGUGAAGCUGCUACUUGAAGCUGGGGCUCAGAAAGAUUCACUCACGAGCAAUGGGGGCACAGCUUUACAUUUAGCAGCUUGGAAAGGCCACCGAGGGGUUGUAGACCUGUUGCUGAAGACUGGUAUUGACGUAAACAAGGCGAAGAAUGGUGGUGAUACAGCUUUGCACAUGGCUGCUUGGAGUGGCCAUUUGGAGGUGGUAAGAUUGCUCCUCGAGUGUGGUGCCAACACAGAUCAGGUCGAAGGCGGUGGGAAGACGGCAGCACAGUUGGCCGCACUGCAUGGGCAUGCCAAGGUGCUGCGACUCUUGGACCAAGCGAAGCCUGACUUGGAGCAGCCAACGAAGUCGCAUUAUGUGGUCCAGAUGUCCAGCAAUCUGCAGGGAGUGCCCACGCGGUUGGACCGGAAGUUCACCCAAGGUGCUUCCCAAAAAUGCCGCUCGGCACGUGCCGUGGACGUGUUGGGAGAGCCGGGCGGCGCCUGGAUGGAUUCACCAGGCGAGUUGGCCAUCACGGAGGAAGAGCUAGCGGAGCUCAAGCUGAUCGCCGCCGAACGACGGCUCCAGUACAUUACGACCUUGGAGGCCGUUGCGGGGCCGGAGAGAUUUAUGGUGGACUGGGUGGACUCCAAAAUGAAGCUUCUCAAGGCACACGCGGGUGCGAACUAUAGCACCUUGGAGAUCAAGAUACCUGGAGGCACCUUCCAGUUUACAGAUCAAGUGCACCACGCAGCCAGACUCAAGGUGGUGGACAACACCAUGACAGAGCCGCAGGCAGGGGGCCGGUCGACCAUCAGUCACACCGUGUGGGCCGCGUGCGUCCGAGGAGGUUCGACCGGUAGCCGCACCGGUUCGGGCGGACCGGUUCGGGCGCUCCGCAUGCUGCGGCUGCAUUGGGCGCUCAGCGGUGAGCCCGUGGCCCAUUUAGAGGCCGAAGAGGUGGAAGGCAAAUGUGUGAGAGUCCUGAAAACACAGCUGGCAAUGACCAUCGGAGUAACAAGAUUCCGACAGAGAUGGUUCAACCAUGAGCUCGAGGAGAUGCCAGAUGACAUGAACAUCAUGUCUCCCUCUGCGGUGCAGCUGGUGAUUCUGGAUUUUCUUCCACACUCAGCACAGGAGCGUCAGGGAAUAUGUGAACUCUGUAGGGCAUGUUUGGCCAACCGCUGCGUUCAAGUUGAAGCACUGCUUCAGAGGCCUUUGAAUCCAGAUGAACGCAACCGGAGGGGCAACACUGCAUUACGUAUUGCGGCCGAGGCAGGUCACCUAGAAUGUGUCACCUUGCUGCUUGAGGCUAGAGCAGAUCUGGAGGCAGCAAAAUCUCUAGAUCCACCUCUGUAUUUGGCAGUGGCAAAUCGCCAUUUGAAAGUUGUGCAGUUGUUGCUCGAGGCCGGUGCUGACAAAGAAUGCCUCUCCCGGACCAGGGACACUGCAUUGCACUUGGCAACCGCCACUGGCGACCAGAAUGUGGUGCAAGUGUUGCUCGACGCGGACGCGGACACGGAUGCCAGGAAUUGCCAGGGAAAGACACCCUUGCAUAGGGCGGUGGAGACCGGUAACGAAGAGGUGGUUCGCUUGUUGCUCGCCUUCCGAGCGAAUCUCGAACAGACCACGUGGUCCGGAACAACGCCUUUGCAGUUGGCUGUCCAGUAUCCAAACUCUGCCGUGGUGAAGCUCUUGCUAGAGGCUCGUGCUGAGAUCGACAAGCUUGGCAGCUGUUCCAUGAAUGCGUUGCACUCAGCCGUGGAGUGGGGGCACUUGGAGACUGUUCGUAUCUUGUUGGAGGCUCAGGCUGACCCGGGUCGGGCCACGCGUUCUCAAAAGACCGCCUUGCACUUGGCCGUUCGAGCUGAGCGACUGGAGAUGAUGCGACUCUUUCUUGAGAAAGACGUCGCCACAAGUGAUCGCAAUACAUUUGCUUGCUAUGCCGCCGAACGAGGCAACGUUGAGAUGUUGUUGGCCUUGCUCAAGUCACAGCCUGGUCAAGAGGAUCGACCGAAACGGGAGAGAUUGUUGCAUUGGGCGGCUGAGAAGGACUACCCUGAGCUAGUGGACUGCUUGCUGCAAAGUGACGUCACUCUUCAUGGCAAAGCCGCUGCGUUGCAGUAUGCAGCCUGGAAGGGGCACACAUCGGUCGUGCAAAUGUUGCUAGAACACCGGGCCGACAAAGAGCAAACGACCAUGGAUGGGAGAACAGCUUUACACUUGGCUGUCGCACAAGGCCACCGCGAAGUCGUUAAGCUCUUGACAUAAUUUAGAUGAAGACAGCAGCAUAGAAAGGCCUGACAAAGACUAGUCUUUGUGACACUUAAGCGUUUUCUUUUUUCAAUUUCACAUGUGCUAUUCCCUAAUGGCAGCCAGUGUAUCACACUCCUACUGUGCAAUCUUGGGCCUUGCAUUCACUCUGUUUCACUCCGCCGGAAACCUCGCGACAGAGAAAAAAAGGCACAGCAUGGCGCAGCUACGUGCAGCUGCCAGUCAAAUAUCACAGAGUAUCUGGAAGGUCCACUCAUGUGGGCGAGCUAGGUUGCAGAUCACCCUAAGAAUCGGAGGCCCUUCUCCAAUGGAAACGGAGGCUCCGUAAAACAGAAACGGCACCUUAGAUGUCUUGUGAUGUCUUGUGGAAAGCCCAUCCGCCCGGAUCCGCCCAUCAAUGUAUCAUCAAUGCAUGAGCCACCGUUGAAGAAUCGAAGCAGUCCUUACCAGGAUUUACUUCAAUAGGCAGUCCUUAGUGGGAAGUUGA